AUGGAAGAUUUGGUAUUGGACCCUUGGUACUGUGACAUACCGCUUUCCAAGUGCUUCAUAGAGGACAAGCACAGGCGCCCGAAGUUCCCGCCCGUGGACACCCGUAACUGGAUAUUUAUUAAGGAGAGCACGGACGACUUCCACUACGGCUGUACGUCUCCCGAAGAUACGCACAUUUGUUGUCGUGAGGAGUUCUUACUCCCCAAAAUCUCUCGCAAAGGACCCCAGGCUGACCCCAAAAGCAAGCAGAAAAAGCUGCUCAAGAAAGCGGCCCUAUUUUGCAACUCGCCAGCCCAGCUAACACGUAAGGCGUUCGUAGAGGAAGUGGAAGGCCAGCUUAUAGCUGAACAUUCCUUGGCCAUGGACCCUAAUCUGGGAGAAGAUAUGCCUCCAGAUCUCCUACGACAGGUGCUGAAACUACUGGAUCCUGAGAGGAAGCUGGACGGUGCAUGGGCUUGUUGUGAGAACUGGGAGAAGGCAACCGAGGAACCCACCGAGUCUGGUAAAUACCCUUGUGGGGAAUUCGGCCCGCAGCCUCCCGAGACUCUGGUAUCACAUUUCCAUCCAGAGUCUCCUGAGACUGAAGUGUCCCAUCUCCAUUCAGAGCCUUCGGAGACUGGAGUAUCCUAUCUCGGCCCCGAGCCACCUGAGACUGGAGUGUCCCAUCUCCGUCCAGAGCCUCCUGAGAUUGGAGUGUCCCAUUUCCACCUGCAGCCUCCUGAGACUGGAGUGUCCCAUCUCUGUCCAGAGCCGCUGGAGACUCGAAUGUCCAGUUUCGUCCUGGAGCCUCCCAAGACUCGUCGGAUGUCGGGUCUUUACCUGGAGCCUCCUGAAACUCGCGUAUCUCAUCUCCGCCCAGAGCCUCCUGAGACUGGAGUGUCCCUUCUCUGCCCGGAACCUCCCAACACUCGUCGGACUUGUCAAGUGUCCAGUCUCUGCCCGGAGCCUCCUGAAACUGGAGUGUCCCAUCUCUGCCCUGAACCUCCCAUCACUUGUCGGGCAUCCUAUCUCCUACUACAGGUGCUGAAAUUGCUGGAUACUGAGAAGAAGCUGGAGGACAUAUGGGCUCGUGGUGAGGCCUGGGAGACAGCAACCAAGGAACCCAUCGAGACUGAUGAAUACCGUUAUGAGGAAAGCCUCGAGACUCGUUUAUCUCAUCUUUGCCCAGAACCUCCCGAGACUUGCCUAUCUCAUCUCCAACGGGAGCUUCCCAAGACUCGUCAGGUGUCCAGUCUCCGCCCGCAGCCUCCCAAGACUGGAGUGUCCCAUCUCCUAUUGGAGCCUCCCAAGACGCCCUGGGUGUCCAGUCUCCAGCAGGAGUCCCCCAAGACGCAGGUGUCCAGUCUCUGCCUGGAGCCUCUCGAGACUGGAGUGUCUCAUCCUCUCCUGGAGCCUCCCAAGACUCGUCGGGUGUCCAGUCUCCAUCUGGAGUCUCCCAAGACGCGGGUGUCCAGUCUCUGCCCUGAGCCUCCCAAGACUGGAGUGUCCCAUCAGAAGAACUGCUUCAGGAAGAUAACACCAAGCACAACAGAAUGCGUUUCUGACUCUCUUCAACAUAGAUACACAUUGAGAAAAUUCAGUGAGUUCUUCAAGUGGGUUCCAGGCAUGGGAGUUGAUGAAAAGUGCAUCAGGAGUCUGUAUGACUUUACCUCUGAGUGCGAAGCAACCUAUCAAGACCAACAGACUAAGAAGAUAAAAGAGUGGUCCUCAGAGCUGCACUACAGCAUGGAGCUAGAUGAAAUGGAUGAGGUCGAAUUCUCUUUAUGGCUCCGGACGCCACCGAAUUCUUAAACUGCACAGCCUGUGAAGAUGAGGCAUGGAGGAGCAUGAUACCUCAAGCCUACGUUGUGGAAAGAGCUAAGAAGUGAUGAACCUUUGAUUGACCCCAAUCUCUUACUUGAAAAGCCUGAGGAACCCGACAUUUUUGACGAUCUUUAUGGACCAGUUGCCUUUAAAGAUUUCAUUCUAAGCAAGGGCUGCGAAAUGCCUGGCGUCAUCGAAAGGCGGUUUACCAGGAAGGGAUGGACUUAUAUCUCUGUUAAGACUCCUCUUCAAGGCGCAAUUCAAGUUUACAAAUGCAAAGAAGACCGCGGCACAGAUGCAUCGGAAGAAGAUUAG